UAAUUCAUGAUCGAUAUUAUCUAACCAUCAAUAUUUUCAAACUCAGUGUUAAGAACUUCAAAAACGGAGUUACAACAUUAGCAAUUGAAAUCAAAUUCUUACACCUUUUACUUUUCUUAAAAAAAAUAAAAAAUUCUUACACAUCAUAACCUACGUAGAAAUAUUAAUAUAAGUGUUCUUAUAAUUUAUCAAAACCUUUCUGUUCCUCGUUCCUCGUCUCUCUCCAUUCGACGGCGGCGGUUCGCCCCUUUACCACUACCGACCGCUAAUUGAUCUCGUCUUCUUCCCUUCUUGUAGCUUCAGGCAACCACCAAAGAGACACCGUUUUCGUCGUGACGCUUUCAGCUGGGAUUUUACGUUUAAGUGUAGUAAAGAUGAGUUUGAUUUCUCAAAAUGCUGUUGUUAAGAAUAAAGUGAAAAAGAAGAGCAAGUGGAUCGGUGAUGAGGGUGAGGAGCCUUCCUUGUUGGAAGGCAGGGAGGAAAGUUUAGAGAAAGAGGGUUCUGAUGUUGAAGCUGCUGUAACUCAUAAGAAGAGAAAGAAGAGGAAUGAUGCGGAGGAAAAGAAAAUGCUUGCCGAGGAAGAAUUGGAAACGCAGAAAUUGGGGGAUUUUUUGUUUGGUUCUCUUCAUUCCCCUGUUGAAUUUGGAAAGGGAGAUGAAGAUGAAGAUGAAGAUGAAGAUGAAGAUGAAAAAGGUGGGUUAAAUGUGGUUGACUCUGCAUUGUUUGUCUUGGACCGCUCUGGUAAUAAAGAUGUAUUAGUUAAUGGAGAAGAUGGGGGUUAUCAAGCGGGAAUUGUUGACGAAGAUGGUGAUAAGCAAAGGAAGCCUGCCUGGAUGGAUGAUGAGGAGGAGACUGUUGUUAAUAUUUCGAAGGUUAAUAGGCUGAGGAAGCUGAGGAAGGAGGAAGAUGAGACCGUUAUAUCUGGUUCUGCGUAUGUGUCAAGGUUGAGGGCUCACCAUGCGAAGCUGAACCCUGGCACAGAUUGGGCCAAUCUUGAUGCGAAGGUCAGAACAUAUGACUCUGAUGAGGAAUCUGAGGUAGAAAAUGGGGCGGUGGUUGCUUCAGGGUAUAAAAAUGUUGAUAAUAUUCUUAAAACUAAUGAAGAGCUUGUGGUGAAGAGAGGAGGGAGGCUUUUGCCUGGAAUUCUUGAGUACUCAAGAUUAGUUGAUGCAAAUGCAGAAGACCCUUCUAAUGGCCCAAUUAACUCAGUCCAGUUUCACAGAAAUCAUCAGUUACUCCUUGCUGCUGGAUUAGACCGGAAGCUGAGGUUUUUUCAGAUUGAUGGCAAGAGGAAUAAAAUGAUGGAUUCUAUCUUCAUUGAAGAUUGCCCUAUUAGAAAUGCAUCUUUCUUACCUGAUGGCUCUCAAGUUAUUGUUUCCGGGAGAAGAAAGUUCUUUUACAGCGUCGACAUAUCCAAGGGGUAUGUGGAUAAGAUUGGGCCACUGACUGGUAGAGAGGAAAAAAGCUUAGAAGUUUUUGAGGUUUCACCUGAUUCUCGUACUAUAGCCUUUUUGGGAAAUGAAGGUUACAUCUUGCUGGUGUCAGCUAAAACGAAGGAACUGAUUGGCACCCUUAAGAUGAAUGGUACAGCUCGCUCACUAGCCUUUACUGAUGAUGGGCAGCAGUUGUUGAGUUCCGGUGGUGAUGGACAUGUCUACCACUGGGAUUUAAGAACGAGAACUUGUCUCCAUAAGGGUGUGGAUGAGGGCUCCAUUAAUGGCACUGCUCUUUGUACUGCACCAGUAGGGAAUCUUUUUGCAGUUGGAUCGUCAAGUGGAAUAGUAAAUGUUUACAACAGGGAGGAAUUUUUGGGUGGUAAGAGAAAACCAGUUAAAAUACUUGAGCAUCUCAGAACCGAAGCAAGUUUCAUGAAGUUCAACCAUGAUGCCCAGAUUUUAGCCAUCUGUUCAACUAUGCAGAAGAGCAGCCUAAAGCUGGUUCACAUCCCUUCAUUUACUGUCUUUUCUAAUUGGCCUCCUGCAAACAGAACGCUACACUAUCCAAGAUGCUUGGAUUUUAGUCCGGCUGGUGGUUUCAUGGCUGCAGGGAACGCAGCAGGAAAGGUCUUGCUGUAUAAGUCGCAUCAUUAUCAGCAAGCAUAACUUAUUACUACUGUCUGGAUGUACUAUUAUCCUGUUAUUUCCAAUUUUGCUUAAAAGGAAUAGCUUCUCUCUGAUUUUGAGAAUAACCGAGAGAACUAACCAGUAAGAUUUUGUUAGUCUUUGAGAUUAUUGAGUUGCUGUUCUUAGAAAUUCUUCUUUAGCGGUAAUGUUAUCAUGAGCUUAAUAGCAGAUAUUAAUUAAAAGUAUUUCGAAUGUAACAACAGAUAUUAAUCCAGAGUAUUUCAAACUGUAUUAUUUAACUUU